UGCUAAAAGAAGUCUCUUCAGAACGCUCUAUAAAACCAUAGAGAGGGGUUGCCCACCUCCCCUUCCUUUUCUUCUUCACCCCUUCCUUAUCCUUUUUAGUCCCCAUACAAUCUCCUGGCCCCUCCUAUUCCCAAAUCCAUCCUCCCUCCCAGUCCUCACAAGGUCUCUCUCGUGUUCUUUCUUGUUUGUAAUUUCUAACUUUGUUUUGACUUCAGGCUCUGCACAUCAGGUGAGAGUGUAUACUUCUUGUUAUCCGGUUUUUGUGGAUAGCAAGAUCUGUCUUGAGGCUCGAUCUUGUUGGGAAUUUGGAGAAUUAGAAGGUUCGUACGAAAUGGCACCCGUUAGCUUGCCUCCUGGAUUCAGGUUUCAUCCAACAGACGAAGAGCUCGUUGCAUACUAUCUCAAAAGGAAGAUUAACGGGCGUAGGAUUGAGUUGGAAAUCAUCCCCGAGGUUGAUCUCUACAAAUGCGAGCCAUGGGAUUUACCAGAGAAAUCCUUUUUACCAAGCAAAGACCUUGAGUGGUACUUCUUCAGUCCCCGAGAUCGCAAGUACCCAAAUGGUUCCAGGACAAACCGUGCAACUCAAGCUGGUUACUGGAAGGCAACAGGAAAGGACCGAAAGGUGAGCUCUCAGAGGCGUGCGGUGGGCACAAAGAAGACUCUUGUUUACUACCGAGGCCGAGCACCUCAUGGCUCUCGAACUGAUUGGGUCAUGCAUGAAUACCGCCUAGACGAGAAGGAAUGUGAAACCACCUCUGGUUUACAGGAUGCCUAUGCACUUUGUCGCAUCUUUAAGAAGAGCGCACCGGGUCCGAAGAUAAUAGAGCAUUAUGGGGCUCCUUAUGAAGAACAUUCUGAGUGGAUCUCAAAUGAUUGUAGUCCAACUGUUGAUCUCUCCUCUGAUGGAAGAGGUGAGGACUUGGAGAGUUGUGCCUACCCUUUUCCACGAGGGACAUGCUCGUCGGACAUGAUUCAUGGAGCAUCAUUUAAUGCAAGUGCUUCCAUCGAUAGCAAGUGGAUGCAGUUUCUCAAUGAAGAGACAUUUACCUCCUCAUCUCCAUAUUACCAACUUCCAAGCUUUUCAUUUGUGCCAUCCAAGGUGGAUGUAGCACCAGACCGUGGAAGGCUACAACACAGGCUGUCGUUGCCCCCUUUAGAGGUGGAGGACUUCCCACAACUUGAUCUUGCUGACUCUAAGAUCCUGCACUCUGAGAGAUUACAAGAAAAUACUAAUGAGGUGGACAUUUUGCAAGAAAUCCUAUCAGUUGCCUCAGCCUCUCAGGAACUUGUCAAUAAUUCCGGCUACCCUGACAUAUGGGCUGGAAGUAACUCUCAUUUUGACGAGUUUUCCUGCCUACUGGAAUACGAAAUUGAUAGGAAAACUGAAGGCAUGCACUUCUCUCAAAUGGAUGGGAUGGGCUCUUCAAGAUCCAUGACCAGGUCAUGUGAAGUAGAAGAGCCGACAAAGUUGAUAGAGAUAUGUGAUUUGGAAAAGGAAUUUAUAAAUGGGAAGGGAAACGAGAACCUAAAGGGGGUGAAAUUAUUGAACAAUGAUGAAUUGAUAGAGAUAGCUUCGGAGGAGCAACGAAGCACACCAGUGGAUUGCACUCCAGGUGAUCAAGUAGGAGAGAAUGCAGACGCUGAAGGAGAAGCCAAUCUAUACACUAGUUCUCUGGAUUUAAGAGACAUUGACAACAAGCCCAUCUUCUCGCAAUCUCAACCUGAUGCUUUGGCUCUUGAUUUCGUGGACAUUCAACCACUUGGGUUCUACCAAGAUGACCAUGAGAACAGUGCUUGUGCCACCACACCAACAUUUGACGUUUAUGAGAAAGUUGAAGUUAAGCAUGGGUUGUUUGUCUCAAGCAGUGGUGUGGCUGAAACAUUCUUUCAUCACGUUGAGCCAUUGAAGAAGAUUAGCUUCCAUCUGAACCCAAUGGUGACGCAGGAUGUGGUUGAGAGCUUUGAAUUUCCAUCAAAAGAUAGGGGUAGUUUUUCUUUCUUUAGCAGGUUCAAGGCAUUUAUUCAAAAAAAGUUGAUAGGGAAGAUCUCUAUGAGGGCUUGCGGAAGGUCCUUCAUUGGCGAUGAAACCAUGAAUGGAAUGCUACAAAUUGUGGCAGUUCUGUUGGCAUUAUGCAUGUAUUUCGGGGAGGUGUCAGAGCAAGCAAAUCGGAGGAAGCAGCGUUCUUCAAAGGGACAAAUCAUGAAAGAAAGAGGAGAGGGUGGAUAUCUUGAAGGACUAAAGAUGGUGAAGAAGGUUGAUGAGAAGAAUAUUUGGUUUCCCAGUGUCAGAGGAAGAAGCAUUGUUAGUAUGUUUUCAAAUGCAAAAUGGUCUUUCCUCACCGCAGCUUUUGCUUUCUAUGCUUCAAAGCUCACCCACCGACUCCUGGCCUUGAAAUCAUAGUUCUUGCCUACUCUUCUGUUCUUUUAUUUGUAACGUAUACAAGUACACUGAUUAGCUUUAGCUCAGGCAUUUAUGUAAGUUGCCCAAACAAAUCAUCAAUACAAACUAUUUAAAACAGAGAAGAAUUGAAUUGUUACAAAGUAAACUUU